AUGAGAUUYGCCAAAAGAAUAGAAAAAAGAAAAGUUCGUCCAGUAAAAUUCCAAAUUGAACGCCUUGAUAAAGUUUUUCAUUCUUUGUCCGAUGUAAAAAAGAAUAUAAAUUUGAAUUUUGAAAAUUCAAUGAUCGGUCAAGAAAUUAUAUUAUUACGUAAAACUAUAGAAGAUCAAUAUUCAACUAAUGAAAAUUUUAGUGUCACAGAUAUUAUAAGCAAAAUGAAAGCGAUUUUGGAUCAAAACACAAGGAUUGAAGCUGUUGAGAGGAAACUUAGCGAAAGAAAUAUGCUGAUUCUUGAAUCGAAGGAACUUGAUAAGGCUUUGAAAACAGUGAAACGAGAACAGGAGGAGUGCUCGAUCCAACUUUCCCAAUUGGAAAAGGAACGACGUGUGUUUACACAUUUAAUAGCAUCUAACCUUCGAGAGAAAAAUAAAAAUAAUAUUAUUGAGCAAUAA